AACCUGAUCCCCAGCCCGCUCUCGCAAGUCCGCUAGCGUGACCGUGAGGGUGUCUGCUCAGCGUUGCUGUCCACAUAGCCAACCUGGAGGUGGCUCACAAGACCCGUGCUUAUCAUUGGAUGAUAGAUGGGGUGCUUCACCGCCGAGCCAUGCUCAUAAUAGUCAUCGCUCUUGCAUCGAUCUCUGGAGUCAAUGCAAGAGGAGCAGACGACGUGAGUGUCCUCACUCGUCAAACGUACAUUGACCUAUGGGUAACACGUCUGUUCACCAUUAGCGGGUAUGGGCUGCUGGUCUUCGACUAUCUCCUGACAUUGUCAGACGAGGUCGCGUAUAUAUGGCCGAGUCGAUGGUCACCCGUCAAGAUCAUAUACCUAGCCAAUCGGUACGGCAAUCUGUCUAUGCUGGGGCUUAUGACAUGGCAUAUUGCUGGGGAUUUAUACUCUGAGGCCUCCUAUUUUUGUUUUGUUGCUACUCUUGUUACAAAUAUGGGCAUGCUUCUUUCCUUCGCUUCUAUCCGUGUCCUUAUACUUCUCCGGGCUUGGGCUUUGUGGAUACAUCGACGACAUGUCUUGGCUGCUAUACUGGUUUUGUUCUUAUCGUAUAGCAUCGUUUGUUCAGUCUUACUCUUGUGGGGUACCGUGACCGUAUCCUACAGUUCGAACCCAUAUCCAAUCGCCAAUCUCGUUCGGACAUGCGUUUCCCCUAUUCCAGAUUUUGGAUGGGUGCUGUGGCUUCCAAGUAUUCUUCUAGAGACAGCCCUUUUUGGCAUCAUACUUCGGACCAUGCCGCAAUACGGAGAGACUAUCCUUGCGGGGGCCAUUUAUCGGGACGGUGCAAUAUACUUCGUUUGUUCUAUGGGAUGCAGUUUCUCUAAUUUGAUUCUAUGGGCAAUCAGGCCAAAUAGCCCCCUAAACCUUCUGCCGUCCGUCGGCACACUUGCUGCCUUCAACAUCGCUGGACAACGUUUGGUAGUUAGCCUUCGCAGGGUACACGCACGUCAACAGGAUUUUUCCACUGGCCGUCUGGGUCAGAUAGUGGGCGACAUCGACGACACGACAACGGAAGGGGAAGAGUCGUAUCAUCACGACGGGCUGCAGCAGUUCGAACUGAGUCCAGUAGCGUCGGAUAGACCACCACCGAGCGUAUCCCCCGAGUCAGAUAAUCAUCAGUCUAUCACGGGUGUAGAACCGUAGCAUGGAGUUGUGCUAUCGUCUUGUUCACUCUUUCAAUACCUUUCUGACAAAACCUACUGUAUUAUAUAUUGAUCCUCUUGCGCGGUUGACGCAGCUCAGCGAG